AUCAGACAGUCCCUCACAUCCUUUGGCAUACAUAAUGGUCAUACACAAAGAUUUUAAUACCUUUGAAAGGCUCUUCAGGGCAAUGUACAUGCUCCAAAAUGUUUACUGUUUUCAUGUGGAUGAAAAAGCCCCAACUAAAUUUAAAGAUGCUGUGAGGAGACUGGUGAGCUGCUUUCCUAAUGCUUUCCUUGCCUCCAAGAUGGAGCCAGUUGUCUAUGGUGGAAUAUCCAGGCUCCAGGCUAACCUGAACUGCAUGAAAGACCUUGUACCCCUGAAGCGUCAGUGGAAGUAUAUAAUCAGCACAGUCAACACCUGUGGGCAGGAUUUCCCACUGAAAACCAACAAAGAAAUAGUUAACUAUCUGAAACAAUUCAAAGGGAAAUAUACUACCCCAAGUUUCCCAAGGCCUUGGGAUCAUAUUGAGAGAUUAAAGUAUGUCCACAAGGAAUAUAAAAGUGAACAAGGCUCUUAUGUAAAGAGGACCCACGUUUUAAAGUCUUUUCCUUCCCAAAAGCUAGCAAUCUACUUUGGUUCUGCCUAUGUUGCCCUCACAAGGAAGUUUGUUGAUUUUGUUCUUGGGAGUGAUCUAGCCACAGGUUUGCCCCAGUGGUCUAAGGAUGCUUACAAUCCAGAUGAAUAUUUCUGGAUGACACUAAAUAAGAUUCCACGUGUGUGACUUUUCUCAUUUCUAUCUAUAGAUCAAGUUGAUGUUGGUAGUGUCCUCUCUGAAUAUCUGAUAAAGAAACAAAUUUGACUCCACUCCCCUUAUUUU